AUGAUCUCACAUCGUCCUGAACUCAAACCCCAUCACUUCGUCCCCAUGACAUCAUACCGCAUACCACUCCUGCUUUCCGCUGAUCGUUUCCCUGUCUCCACUUCCCUUCCGUGUUGUUACAUCCAGGGACCUGAGCUCCAACCGCCUGACUGGCACCAUACCGCAAGGAGUGCUUGCUCCUUGCUGUGUUGGUUUACACUCCCCAUCCCUCCAUUCCCCAUCCUUCCAUUCCCCAUCCCUCCAUUCCCCAUCCUUCCAUUCCCCAUCCUUCCAUUCCCCAUCCUUCCAUUCCCCAUCCUUCCAUUCCCCAUCCUUCCAUUCCCCAUCCCUCCAUUCCCCAUCCUUCCAUUCCCCAUCCUUCAAUUCCCCAUCCCUCCAUUCCCCAUCCCUCCAUUCCCCAUCCCUCCAUUCCCCAUCCUUCCAUUCCCCAUCCUUCCAUUCCCCAUCCUUCCAUUCCCCAUCCUUCCAUUCCCCAUCCUUCAAUUCCCCAUCGUUCCAUUCCCCAUCCUUCCAUUCCCCAUCUUCCAUUCCCCAUCCUUCCAUUCCCCAUCCUUCCAUUCCCCAUCCUUCCAUUCCCCAUCCUUCCAUUCCCCAUCUUCCAUUCCCCAUCCUUCCAUUCCCCAUCCUUCCAUUCCCCAUCCUUCCAUUCCCCAUCCUUCCAUUCCCCAUCCUUCCAUUCCCCAUCCUUCCAUUCCCCAUCCUUCCAUUCCCCAUCUUCCAUUCCCCAUCCUUCCAUUCCCCAUCCUUCCAUUCCCCAUCCUUCCAUUCCCCAUCCUUUCAUUCCCCAUCCUUCCAUUCCCCAUCCUUCCAUUCUCCAUCCGUCCAUAUUCCCAUCCCUCCAUUCCCCAUCCUUCCAUUCCCCAUCCUUCCAUUCCCCAUCCGUCCAUAUCCCCAUCCCUCAAUUCCGCAUCCUUCCAUUCCCCAUCCCUCCAUUCCCCAUCUUUAUAUUCCCCAUCCUUCCAUUCCCCAUCCUUCCAUUCCCCAUCCUUCCAUUCCCCAUCCUUCCAUUCUCCAUCCGUCCAUAUUCCCAUCCUUCCAUUCCCCAUCCUUCCAUUCCCCAUCCUUCCAUUCCCCAUCCGUCCAUAUCCCCAUCCCUCAAUUCUCUAUCCUUCCAUUCCCCAUCCCUCCAUUCCCCAUCUUUCCAUUCCCCAUCCUUCCAUUCCCCAUCCCUCCAUUCCCCAUCCCUCCAUUCCCCAUCCCUCCAUUCCCCAUCCCUCCAUUCCCCAUCCUUCCAUUCCCCAUCCUUCCAUUGCCCAUCCUUCCAUUCCCCAUCCUUCCAUUCCCCAUCCUUCCAUUCCCCAUCUUCCAUUCCCCAUCCUUCCAUUCCCCAUCAUUCCAUUCCCCAUCCUUCCAUUCCCCAUCCUUCCACUCCCCAUCCUUCAAUUCCCCUACCUUCCAUUCCCCAUCCUUCCAUUCCCCAUCUUCCAUUCCCCAUCCUUCCAUUCCCCAUCCUUCCAUUCCCCAUCCUUCCAUUCCCCAUCCUUCCAUUCCCCAUCUUCCAUUCCCCAUCCUUCCAUUCCCCAUCCUUCCAUUCCCCAUCCUUCCAUUCCCCAUCCUUCCAUUCCCCAUCCUUCCAUUCCCCAUCCUUCCAUUCCCCAUCCUUCCAUUCCCCAUCCGUCCAUAUCCCCAUCCUGUUAG